AUGGCUACUUUAUCGGAACAAGAAAUUCGGAAAGAAAUUGAAAGCAUCACAUUGCCAAGCUAUUUCCCAACAUAUAAACAACAGUGCAAGGAAGUCGCUGAAAACUUUUUUAAUUGUUUUUCCUCUCGAUCAAUUAAAACACAAAAGGGUGAUCGAUUGGCUGGAGUGAGCGGAUUGAGACAAUGUUCACAAGAGUUGUCUAAAUAUAAAGAAUGCAUGGAACACUAA